AUGGCAAGUACAGUCCCUUCCCUAAAGUCAGCUGUAGGGUGUGAAAGCAAUCUGCUGGAAAUUUAGAAAUUAAUCUCCUCUAUAAAUAUUGAUUUGAAAAAUCAAAUUUUUGGGCAAUUGCCACCACUGGAAAAUGUCUCUCAGCACAUGCUGAUUGCAGCAUUAAAUGCAAAUAUUAGGAUGAGUGAACAAGGAUUGGGUCUCAUAAUCAUACAGAAUGGGCCAUAUCUCCAGAUAACAAGCCUUGUUGAGAAAAGCUCUGCAGCUAAAGAUGGAAAGCUAAAACCAGGUGAUGUUCUAAUAAAAAUUGGACAUACUAACGUUUUAGGAUGGACUCUGCGAGAGCUUAGGCAACUCCUGCACGACAUUCCUAUAGGAACUUCUCUACAAAUCAGAGUUUACAGAGAUUUUGUUGAAGUACCUCAUCACUGGCAAAAUGCAGCUGAAUUCAUUCCUGAAGUAAAGCUUCCUGUGAUGACAGCAGACACAAGUGAAGAUGCUGAGGAUGAAGACAACACCGGGUCCAGUAAUGACGAUGACGUAGACCUGGAAACUUUCCAGCAUGCAUCUUCCCAGUCACACUGUUGUGAGUUCACACAGAAGUUCCCAGCAAUAUCUGAUACGGGCCAGACACUCAGGGUAGGCACAGCCACUGGUUGUGAUGCUGUACUUCACAAUGAUGCUGAUACAUUGUGCAAUCCUAAAUUUGAUGCUCGUGGCGUUAGACCUCCUUCAUACUGGGGUAUGGAAAACAAAGAGACCAGUUCCACUCCCUCCUGCCCUUCUGCAUCAGAUACAUCCCAGCUGGAAGAAUUUACCAUUGUUUCAGAAUAG